UUGUCUGCUGACAGCGCCGAAAGGGUCGAAAGUUUGGUUGUGAUCGUUAUGAUUGUUAUAGCGUUAUGAUCGUUAUGAUGAAGCUACUUUUGUCUCCAUGUUUAAGCUGUAGCCAACGAUUAAAGUUCAUGUAAUGAUCCGUGCAACGUAGUUGUAUAAUGGGCAUUGUGCCAUCUAAUACCUUUCAUGAAAACCGCAAUUGACUGCAAUUAUGCUGGCGUAGCAGGUCGAGAGCUCUCCAGCAAACCGGUUACCAAAUUUUACCAGUAUUCACAACUAGUUUAGUUAUGUACGAUUGCUAUGCUUGCGAUUUUAGGAAACUAAUUUAUCUUGUACUAGUUAUGAAUGUGUUAUAUGUGCUCUUCAUGGGAAGGAAGAGUCUUAGUGGCAGUGCAUAAUAAUUUCUCUUCAUAACUUCAACGCCGUAUAUCGAUUUCUUUGCAAUUGAACGUCAUACAAAAUGGCAGUCAAUGUAUAUAUAAUGCUGUUAUCACCACUAAUAUUUACUUUAUUAUUAAACUUUUGUGUUUUUAUAGCUUCCUACAGUUAUCUCUGGUUAUCUGUGUCGCUAGUGGAUAAGUCAUGGGAGAGUGUGUUUUGUGGUCGUGGCAGUUUUAAAGUGCAAGGUGCAACGCGUUAUGCGCUUGGAUUGCCCCAGAUUGCUUGAAACAUUUGACAUUGUAUGUUCAGUUGACCAACUGACAAAUAAUAUUCAGGGUUAUGGCAGACAGUUCAAAAGAAGGGAUCUUCGUAGAAGGUGGUGGUGUUCAGACUUGCCCACCCCCACGGUUAUACACACCCAAGGACCCGGCGAAUGAUAGCGUGAGGAGCAUCCCAAAGGAAGGUGGUGGCAGUAUGGUUAGACAUGGUCCAUACCGAGCAUAUGUGUAUGCUCCUCCACAAUACACUCCUGGUCGUGGCAUCAGGAAAUACAAGACUGCACUUAAGAACUUGAUUCCUGUCCGCAAGGAAGCCAGGCAGAAGGACGUGAUAUCUGUCGACAGUGCUGGGUUUCUCUCCUUCAUCUCAUUCUCAUGGAUGUCUAAGUACAUAUAUAAAGCCUACAGAGUAGGGCUGACUGCAGAGGAUAUUCCUGAAGUGUCUCCUCUGGAUUCGUGUGAUCUCAAUGCCCAGAGGCUUGAAUUGCUGUGGCAGGAGGAAGUCAGUCAUAAAGGACCAAAGAGGGCUUCGUUUGGUUCUGCAGUUUGGAGGUUUAUCAGGACCCGCGUCAUUGUGUCCAGCAUAGUGUUCUUGUUGAGCCUUGCACUGGGAUUUGUUAGUUCGACAAUCUUCAUGCGGAAGCUACUGGAGUACGCAGAGGAUGAGAAUGGCGAUGUCAUGAUGGGCGUGACAUGGGCACUAUGUCUCACACUUGCCGAGUUUCUGCGAGUCAUCUUAUUUUCUUGGAACUGGGCACUGAACUACAGGACUGCGAUAAGGUUGCGCUCAGCUUGUCUCGCCAUGUUGUACAGGAAGGUGGUCCGACUCAAUAGCCUCGGUGCAAAAUCUGGAGGAUUAAUUAACUUGUUUUCAAGUGAUGGACAGCGUGUCUUCGAUAUGGUUCUCUUUGGACCAAUGAUUGUUGGAGGCCCUGUUGUCACAGUGCUUGGUGUGUUCUAUAUACUUUGGCUGCUUGGACCAUGGGCUCUCCUUGGAAUGACAACGUUCCUUCUGUUUUACCCAGCCCAGUAUGGCUUGUCACGACUGAUGGGCUACUUGAGGGGCAAGACAGUGACUGUCUCUGACCAGCGAGUGCGACUGAUCACAGAGAUUCUCAGUUCCAUCAAGUUUGUUAAAAUGUAUGCCUGGGAGAAAUGCUUUGCCAAAGCCAUAUUGCAGGUCAGGAAGAAGGAACAUGACUACCUGCAGAAGACAGCAUACUGCCAGAGUCUGAGCAUUUCUAUGGCACCGACUGUUCCUGUCAUCUCGGCAAUCAUCACGUUCCUGGCUCACGUUGGUGCUGGCAACAGCCUUACUGCAGCUCAGGCAUUUUCACUGAUUGCAUAUAUGAUGCGCCAUAUGCAGCCGCUUCUCCAUCUCGGCUGUGAGUUCGGGUUGAAGAUCUGUUCAGGGCGAAAAGCAGUGCUUAGAUUACAGGCAUUUUCCUUGGUACCCUUUCUUAGCAAUCAAAUGAAAGAUGCAUUGAGCAGGCUACGACAGAGUACCAGAUCUGUGUGCGAUGCCAUUGUGGCACUUGCAAGGAUAAAGGCCAUCUUAUUGCUGGAGGACAUUGUUCCGUACAUUACGCGUCCCAUUGACAGGACUCAGGCCAUCUGUAUUAGUGUGGGGACAUUCUCAUGGGACUCCGUCGCUGUGCGUAGAUCCAGUGCUGCCACAGAAAAGAGUGAUGUAAGUGCACUUGGAGCUAUGAGUGGACGGACCACAGCAACAGAUCAGGAGAAGGAGAAGCUGAAUCCAUAUGAGAGCAGUGAGCAUCAGAGUGCAAAUGUCUUGACCAACAUCAGCUUUCAGGUUGCAAAAGGACAGCUGAUCGGUGUCUGUGGUCAAGUUGGAUCUGGCAAGACGGCAUUGCUUCUGGCUGCCUUGGGGCAGCUGCACCUGUCCUCGGGUCGGGUUAUGAGGGACGGCUCUUGUGCGUACGUCAGUCAGGAGCCCUGGAUACUCAAUGCAUCUCUGAGAAAUAACAUCCUUUUUGGAGAAAGUUUUGACUCGAAAAGAUACUAUGAAACAAUAUACCGGUGUUCACUGAGCCAGGACAUAAACAUGCUGCCUGGAGGUGACGAGACAGAGAUAGGAGAGAGAGGGAUAAACUUGUCAGGGGGUCAGAAGCAGCGUGUGGCCCUGGCAAGAGCUCUGUAUGCCAACAGAGACAUCUACUUGCUUGACGAUCCACUGAGUGCCGUCGACGCUCGUGUUGGUGCUCACAUAUUCAACAGAUGCAUCCUUCAAGCUCUGAAGCACAAAACUGUGAUACUUGUUACUCACCAUGUGCAGUAUCUGAAACACUGUAACCAAGUGUACAUGAUGAAAGAUGGCCGUGUCUGUGACCAUGGAACGCAUGAGGAGCUGAUGGACAGGGAACAGGAUUAUGCGGUGAUGGUUAAGACCCACAGCUCUGAGACAGGAGACCAGUCACAAUGUGUGCUUGAAGAGGAGCAUCUCCUGGUUGGUGAUGGAGAGAGUUUUGACCCGGGACAUGAUGCUGCAGACCGUGAGAAGAACAGGCGUGUCAGUUCCAGCUCUCAAGGCAGUGAGAAGCUGGAUCCCAGAGGAGCUGAACAGCUGACAGUGCCUGAAAUGAUUCAGAAAGGGAGCAUUCGGUUUGAUACAUACCAGAGGUACAUCUCUGCAGCGGGCGGAUACUACAUGGCACUGCUUGCAUGUCUCUGUUUUCUGCUGAAUGUUGGCAGUACUGCUUUCAGUUCGUGGUGGCUGGCCUCAUGGAUCAGAGCAGGUGGUGGUAAUGCCACAGUGUUCGUUAACAAUCAGACCAUGCCCAGUCACAACAUCAAUGACAAUCCAGACUUCCCGAUGUACCAGCUGGUGUAUGCUGUCACGAUUCCUGUGAUCUUGGGAACAAGCUUACUGAGGGGGCUCACGUUUACAAAGGUGACGCUAAGAGCCUCAAGCUAUCUUCAUAACAAGCUGUUUAAGAAAAUGAUGCAUAGUCCAAUGCACUUCUUUGAAACUACACCUACAGGAAGAAUGCAGAAUAUUUUUUCUCGUGAUAUGGACGAAGUUGAUGUCUGGUUACCCAUCACUGUCGAGAGCAUUAUGCAGAAUAUGUGGAUCAUUCUCUUUGCCAUUCUGUUUGUUUGCUUGGCAUUCCCUUGGUUCAUCAUCCCAUUGCUCGUUCUUGCGGCCAUCUAUUAUGUCAUCAGUAAGGUUUUUAGGGUGUCAGUCCGUGACUUGAAGCGACUGGAGAACGUGUCUCGAUCACCCAUCAUCAGUUGGGUUGGCACAACUGUCCAGGGACUGAGCACAAUACAUGCCUUUGGAAAACAGAGUGACUUCAUGGCAAGAUUUAUGAAGAUGUUUGAUGAAAACACAACCUGUCUCUACCUGUGCUGCAUAGCAAUGCGGUGGCUGGCUGUCAGGAUUGACACUUUGGCAGUGGCAACAAUGUGCAUCACAGCCUUCCUGACUGUUGUACUUCAUGGACAGGUGCCCCCAGCUCUUGCAGGUCUGGCCCUAGCAUACGCAGCACAUAUCAGUGGCGUUUUCCAGUACACCACGAGGCUUGUGUCUGAGACAGAAGUUCGCUUCAUAUCUGUAGAGAGAAUCAAUUCAUACAUCAGGAGCCUGGAACAUGAGGGGCAACAGGGAGUUGUGUCGAAACCAUCAUCAGAAUGGCCAAGUGAAGGUGGCAUCAGAUUUCAGAAUGUCACUCUCAGAUACAGGAAGGGACUCCCAGAUGUAUUGAAAGGCGUGUCAUUUAGCAUAAACCCCAGGGAGAGACUAGGGAUAGUGGGACGAACAGGGUCAGGCAAGAGCUCUCUUGUAGUGGCACUUCUCCGUUUAGUGGAGCUCUCAUCAGGUAAAAUCAAGAUAGAUGGCCUAGACAUAGCAGACAUAAACUUGGAACAGCUUCGUACUAGUGUCUCUGUCAUACCUCAAGAGCCUGUCCUGUUUGAUGGCACAAUCAGGUUCAACCUAGAUCCAUUCGAGUCCUGUAGUGAUGAAGCCAUAUGGGAGGCUUUAGAAAAGACAAAGCUACGUGACAGAAUUUCAAGCAUCAGUGGACAGCUGCAGGCCUGUGUUGGCCAGGGCGGAGAGAGCUUGUCUGUCGGCGAGCGCCAGCUUCUCUGCCUGGCUAGAGCAUUGCUGAGGAACACCAAGAUUGUUGUUCUGGAUGAAGCAACGGCAUCUGUGGAUCCUGAGACUGAAGCAGCCGUUCAGACUGCAGUCCGUACGGAGUUCAAGCAUUGUACAGUCUUGACAAUUGCACACAGACUGUCAACUGUUACCAGCUGCGACAGAGUACUAGUCAUGAGAGGGGGGCAGGUAUUAGAAUGGGACAACCCUGCCAACCUCUUGUCUGAUUCAAGUUCAGAAUUCUCCAAGAUGUUAUCAGUAGCUGAUAAUGCUGUGGCAACAGGAAGAGGGCUUCACCAGAGAACGUGAAUUAACAGUCAGUUAUCAGACCACAGUAUUGAGUUUCAUAUUUGAGCAAUUUAUUAUUCUGAAAGUAGUACAAGUCAUCUUGCUCCUUGUUAUGAUAAAAUUCACUUUUUCAUUUAAGUCUACUCAAAAAUGCUGGUAAAUACUAUGACUGUUGUUCUUACAUUUUUGUAAUCUUAAGUAGACAUGUUUUUUGAAUUGAUGUUAAUGAAGCAUUGACAUAAAAUUGUAUAUAAUAUAUAAAGUGACUUAAACAACUUUCAGAAUCAACAAAUUGUCAGAAACAUGACUGCAGCCAUAUUUAUGUUAGACUUUAGAUUAAGGGAGCUAUUAAAUUUGUGAUUUAUCAAGA